GUAAACGCUGACAGCACGUGCGUUGCUACAAUGGCACUCUACAACUUUAAAAAGAUUAUGGUGGUCCCCACAGCAAAGGACUUCAUUGACCUGACGCUGUCCAAAACCCAACGCAAAACACCUACUGUGAUUCACAAACAUUAUCAGAUUCAUCGCAUUCGUCACUUCUACAUGCGCAAGGUUAAGUUCACACAACAGAACUACCACGACCGUCUCUCGCAGAUCAUAACGGACUUCCCCAAGCUGGAUGAUAUUCACCCUUUUUAUGCUGAUCUGAUGAAUGUGUUGUAUGAUAAGGAUCAUUAUAAACUUGCUUUGGGUCAGAUCAACAUUGCCAAGAACCUGAUUGAUAAUGUAGCUAAAGACUAUGUGCGUCUGAUGAAGUAUGGCGACUCGCUGUAUCGCUGCAAGCAGUUAAAGAGAGCAGCGCUCGGACGCAUGUGCACCAUCUUGAAGAGACAGAAACAGAGUCUGGAAUAUCUAGAACAAGUUCGUCAGCAUCUUUCUCGUCUGCCCUCAAUCGACCCAAACACCAGAACACUUCUGCUCUGUGGGUACCCCAAUGUUGGCAAGUCUAGCUUCAUCAACAAGGUCACACGUGCAGAUGUGGAGGUGCAGCCCUAUGCCUUCACCACUAAAUCUCUGUUUGUGGGUCACAUGGACUAUAAGUACCUGCGCUGGCAGGUAGUGGACACUCCUGGUAUCCUGGACCAUCCAUUGGAAGAGCGGAACACAAUUGAGAUGCAGGCAAUCACUGCACUGGCCCACCUGCGGGCCGCUGUGCUCUAUGUGAUGGACGUAUCUGAGCAGUGUGGACACACACUUUCACAGCAGCUUGAACUGUUUAACAACAUCAGACCCCUCUUUGCAAACAAGCCUCUGAUUGUGGUGGCCAAUAAGUGUGAUGUGAAGAAGAUCAGUGAGCUGUCUGAGGACAAUCAGAAAAUCUUUCUUGAUCUCUUGUCUGAGGGGAUCCCAGUGAUUGAGACCAGCACUCUGACAGAGGAGGGGGUCAUGCAAGUAAAGACAGAGGCAUGUGAUAAGCUGCUGGUCCACCGUGUGGACACAAAGAUGAAAGGGAAGAAAGUGCAUGACAUCCUGAACAGACUCCACCUCGCAGUGCCAACCAAGAGAGAUGACAAGGAAAGACCACCGUUUAUCCCUGAGGGGGCAGCUAUUCGCAGAAAGGCGAUGGAAGUUGACACUCCUAAACAUAAACUGGAAAGAGACCUUGAGAUAGAGCUUGGAGACGAUUACACACUUGAUCUCCAGAAAUACUGGGACUUGAUGAAUGCUGAUGAGAAGCAUGAUAAAAUACCUGAGAUCUGGGAAGGACAUAACAUUGCUGACUACAUUGAUCCUGAAAUCAUGAAGCGAUUGGCUGACCUGGAGAAGGAGGAGGAGCUCCGUGAACAGGCGGGUGAGUACGACUCUAAUGAAGAGAGUGAGGAUGAAGAGAUGCAGGAAAUUCGGCAUCUGGCCAAACAGAUUCGAGAGAAGAGAAAGCUGAAGAUUCUGGAGUCAAAAGAGAAAGAUGUGCAGGGACCCAGAAUGCCCCGUACUGUCAAGAAGGUUGACAGAGCGGCAUUGGAGAAAGACAUGGAAGAGCUUGGUUUGGACAUGACUGACAAAGAUGAUAGCCACUAUGCCCAGCAGGGUCGGAGGUCACGUUCCCUGGUUAGAAAGAGGAAGAGGGAAGCAACUGUCCUGCCAACUUCACGCACCCGUAGUCAGAGUGCAUCAAAACAACCACGUGACCAGUCAGGAAUCAGAGAUGCCAAGAUGAUGAAGAAGGUGAAGACUAUGAUGAAGAACUCUCAGAAGGGGAUGAACAGGCAGGGAAGGAAGGGUGAAUCAGACAGACACGUAUUCGACUUGAAACCUAAACACCUGCUUGCAGGAAAGAGAAAAUCAGGCAGCACCAGUCGUCGAUAAAAACAUUAUUCAUUUUACCUAUACUUGUUUGCGCACGUGCAUUUAUAAAUAUAAUAAUAAACACAUUUCACUGAUAUCCAGGUUUAUUUACAUAUCCAGCCUCAAAUAUGCAAGGAUCAUGAUGUCCUCCGCAAAAUACUUAAAUGAACAUGUUGCUGGACAUUUGUUCAGUUGUAUGUGGAUGGGAGUGAAAUAAAACUGCAUGAGUUGA